GCAAUGUCUUUGGUGACGUAAAACGAGGGGCUAAAGGGUGCAGCAGCUCCCACCUCGAACAGUCGCUGGAGGUACCCGACAUUUGAUAAAUACCCAACAUUGAUCUGAACUAAAAGCGCGUUGGAGGUGUGCUCUGACCUGCCCGUUCUCUGCUUUGCUCCUCACCACCGCUACCGGUACCUUAGUCCAAGCACCCCAUCUUGGUCCAUCCCUGCCCCUCCGUUGUUGUCUUGUCUCCGUCGUUCGCGAUGCAGGUCCCCUUGAUACGCCUCCAAUGCGGGGCCAACUCCUAUGACUGGGGGAAGAAGGGUAGCGACUCUGCUGCUGCCAGAUUUGCAGCUGCAACCCCUUCAGACGGUUUUACCAUUCAAGAUGAUAAGCCAUAUGCAGAACUCUGGAUGGGCACACAUCCAUCCAACCCUUCCAAAGACCUAACCACAGGCCGCACCUUGCUCGAUCUCGUCCAAGACAACCAAGCCCUCCUAGCCUCGAGCGUUGCAUUCAAAUAUGAGAACAAGCUUCCCUUUCUCUUCAAGAUCCUCUCCAUCGGCAAGGCUCUAUCGAUUCAGGCCCAUCCCAACAAGAAGCUUGCCGAGAAGCUCCACGCCCGCGACCCAAAGAACUACCCAGAUGACAACCACAAGCCCGAGAUGGCCAUUGCCAUCACUCCCUUUGAAGGGUUUUGCGGUUUCCGCCCACUAGCUGAGAUCUCGCACUUCCUCGAAAACGUCCCUGCCUUGCGCCAACUGGUAGGCGACGACAAGGCCCAAUCCUUCAUUGACACCGUCAAGGCGAACCCCGACGACAAGACCCAAAACAAAAAGGCACUUCAGACAGUCUUUGGCGCAGUCUUGUCUGCUUCGGAGGAUGACCUCGCAAAAGCAACCUCCUCCCUCGUCGAAGCUGCCUCCUCUCAAGGCGCCGAGUUUGCCGCCGGCGGCGUCUCCUCCACCUCUGGCUCUGUCCUCUCCGAACUCGUAACCCGCCUCCACAGCCACUUCGGGUCCGACUACGGCCUCUUCGUCUUGUUCUUCCUCAACUUUAUCAAGCUCUCCCCCGGCGAGGCUCUCUUUCUUCAAGCAGACGACAUCCACGCCUAUGUCUCGGGUGACAUUGUCGAGUGCAUGGCCUCGAGCGACAAUGUCGUCCGCGCCGGCUUCACCCCCAAGUUCAAGGACGUCGACACCCUGGUGGGCAUGCUGACGUACAACUAUGCGCCUAUUGAGGAGCAAAAGAUGGAGCCGGUGGAUUACCCCUAUGUCACACUCAACAGAGCGGCGUACAGUUCUGGCUCCGAGGCCAAGCUGUACGACCCCCCCAUUGAGGAGUUUAGUGUAGUCAGGACGGUGCUCAGGGGGAACGGGUCAAAGGCUACAUUUGAUCCGCUGGAUGGGCCAAGUAUUAUCAUUUGCACGGGCGGCAAGGGGAAGAUUAGCGUUGGGCCGACUGUGAAGGAGAUCAAGGAGGGGUAUGUCUAUUUUGUGGGCGCCACAGCGGAAUGCGUGCUGGAGAGCGAGGCGGAUGGAGACGAGGACGAGUUUGUCACUUUCAAGGCGUACUGCGAGGUGGAGGAGACGAGGAAUGGGGCGUGACUAUCUGAGUCGGCUCGACUUUGAGAGCCUGAGAGCAAUCACGAGUAUCCCUAGCAAAAACACCAACAAUAUGCCUUUGAUGGUCGGAAUAUCACUAUAAACUCUGAAUAAACGCUCAAACGUAAAUGCCAUAGAUGUCAUGCCCAUCCCA